AUGAGAUAUUUCCACAGAUAUUUCCACAGAUACUUCCACAGAUACUUCCACAGAUACUUCCACAGAUACUUCCACAGAUACUUCCACACAUACUUCCACAGAUACUGCCACAGAUACUUCCACAGAUACUUCCAUACAUACUUCCACAGAUACUUCCACACAUACUUCCACAGAUACUUCCACAGAUACUUCCACACAUACUUCCACAGAUAUUUCCACAGAUACUUCCACACAUACUUCCACAGAUACUGCCACAGAUACUUCCACAGAUACUUCCACACAUACUUCCACAGAUACUUCCACAGAUACUUCCACACAUACUUCCACAGGUACUUCCACACAUACUUCCACAGAUACUUCCACAGAUACUUCCACACAUACUUCCACAGAUACUUCCACAGAUACUUCCACACAUACUUCCACAGAUACUUCCACAGAUACUUCCACACAUACUUCCACAGGUACUUCCACACAUACUUCCACAGAUACUGCCACAGAUACUUCCACAGAUACUUCCACACAUACUUCCACAGAUACUUCCACACAUACUUCCACAGAUACUUCCACAGAUACUUCCACACAUACUUCCACAGAUACUUCCACAGAUACUUCCACAGAUACUGCCACAGAUACUUCCACAGAUACUUCCACAGAUACUUCCACACAUACUUUCACAGAUACUUUCACAGAUACUUCCACAGAUGCUUCCACAGAUACUUCCACAGAUACUUCCACACAUACUUCCACAGAUACUUCCACAGAUACUUCCACAGAUACUUCCACAGAUACUUCCACAGAUACUUCCACACAUACUUUCACAGAUACUUCCACAGAUACUUCCACACAUACUUCCACAGAUACUUCCACAGAUACUUCCACACAUACUUCCACAGAUACUUCCACACAUACUUCCACAGAUAUUUCCACAGAUACUUCCACACAUACUUCCACAGAUACUGCCACAGAUACUUCCACAGAUACUGCCACAGAUACUUCCACAGAUACUUCCACACAUACUUCCACACAUACUUCCACAGAUACUUCCACAGAUACUUCCACACAUACUUCCACAGAUACUUCCACACAUACUUCCACAGAUAUUUCCACUGA